AUGAACGGGCAUCAUGGCUAUGCAGAGGGGGACCAGGAGAGGGAGUAUAGGGAGAUGGUAGAGAUCGACGUGCAGCGUCAACACCAACAGCAGCAUGAGCAGAGGCAGUAUCAGCAGCAGGAGUAUUUCCAAGGGCAAGACCUCCACUCUCCAUACGGUCCCCCAGAGCAGCAAUUCACGCCGUAUUCGCCCUAUCAGUCUUCAACAGAAGAGUUUCAGGGCCAGGGCCGCUCUGUCACUGAGCAGGGACGACCCAUUAGGCCUUCACCAGCGCACCUUGACGACUACAGUCCAGCGCCUGAAUGGCCUCCGCACAUUUCCAAUAGCCCUGGGCAGUACUUCAACGACACACCGGGUGGUUCACGCUCUGCAUCGCCGACACUGCGAAGCGGCCGAGAAACACCAGCUUCUCGUCUGCAUCACCACCCGGGCAAUUCGUCCGUCGACUGGAGACCAUCCAGCCUAAUGGUCAGCUCCCGCACCCUCGUCAACAAAUCGUCCAGCGUCACUGACUCCGUCAAACAGAACCAGAGCCACCUGAGUCUCGCUGCGCUUCUGCCCGGCGGGAAUUCGCCUCACAGCAGCAGCGCAAACACACUAUAUAAUAAGGAUUAUAUCGUUGACAGCAGCACUAUUCAGCAUGUCCAUAAGCGCGACGACGCUGAGAUCUGGGGAGGUUGGAAGCAAUGGGUGUUUAGGCUCGUUCCCUUUCUCACGUUUGCGAAUACUGGUCUCUACAUGGCGUAUCUUGCGCUGCGAAUUGCUUGUGUUAUUUGGGCGCAGAAUGCGGCGGAUACGACGUAUGCUGGUGCGUGGAUCUUCAUCGGUGUUGAGAUUGCAACAGCGAUUCCGUCAUUGAUGCAUAAUACGUGGACAAUGUGGUCGAUGAAGAAGCGAAAUCGCCCGAAGCUGAGGUUGACAGGCAACGAUGUGCCUACUGUCGAUGCCUUCAUUACUUGCUGUGGUGAAGACGAUGAUCUGGUGAUGGACACGGUGCGAGCUGCGUGUGAUCUGGAUUACCCCCAGGAUCGAUACAGAGUCAUUCUACUCGAUGAUGGUAAAUCUGCCGGUCUGCAGGAAGCGUGUGCGAAGCUGUCCAUGAUAUACCCCAACCUGUACUACAUGGCUCGAGUCAAGAUUCCUGGCCAACCUCAUCACUUCAAGGCAGGUAACCUGAACUAUGGUCUUGACGAGGUACACAAGCUGCCUGGAGGUGCCGGCCAGUUCAUGGCAGCUCUGGAUGCUGAUAUGAUUCCCGAGCGUGACUGGCUCCGUGCUAUUCUUCCCCACAUGCUCAUCGACCCCAAGAUGGCUCUCGCAUGCCCUCCCCAGCUCUUCUACAACACCCCUCCCUCGGAUCCUCUCGCUCAAAGUCUCGAUUUCUUCGUCCACGUUAUUGAGCCCAUCAAGGACGCUCUAGGUGUCGCUUGGUGCACUGGUUCAGGCUACGUCGCUCGACGUGAGGCUCUCGACGAGAUUGGUAACUUCCCUCUUGGAUCUCUGGCUGAGGAUGUCGCUACAUCGACUAUGAUGCUUGGUAAGGGAUGGAAGACGGCUUUCAUUCACGAACCUCUGCAGUUUGGUACCGUUCCUGAAGACUAUGGCGGCCAUCUGAAGCAGCGAACGCGUUGGGCCAUUGGAACAGUCGAUACUUCCUUCAAGCUGAACUUUUGUCUUUGGGGCGACAAGGUUCGCCAAAUGACCACCGCUCAGCGAUUCUCAGGAUUCUUGUACGCCUCGCUGAGCUUGUACACAAUUCUGCUCACCAUUUCGCUUUUCGCCAUUCCGAUUAUCCUGAUCAUGCAGAAGCCUCUUGUGGCCUAUGCUACCGAUGAGCAGCUCCGAUGGUUGAUCCGUGCGUGCUUCGCAUCCGUAAUCUCUAACCGUCUCUGCGAGUUUGCUCUCUUCAUUCCCGCAGGUUACCACACCGGUCAGCGAGGUUCGCGAUACCAGCUCUGGAUGUCUCCUUACAUCGCACUCUGCCUCAUCCGAUCAUUCAUCCUGCCAACAUGGCUCGGCGGUCAAACGCAAGCCUUCAAGCCAACAGGUUCGCUCGGCUCAGCUCUUAACGAGCGCGACGCCAAACUCCGAAAGAACAUGUUCCGACGACUCUGGGGCAUUCUCAUCAACUACAUGGCUCUUUUCCACUUCGCUUUUGUGUACCUGACCCUCGUCGCUGUGGUCCUCACAUCGUUCCGAUCAUUCGUCACGACUCACACCGUUCGCGACACACUCACCGCCCUUCUCACCCACGCAUUCUGGCCACCUCUCACUUUCCUCUUCAUCUGCAGUUCGCUCUGGACACCGAUCUCGUACGCGAUUGACCCGCCGGCCAUGCCCGACCGCGAGGACCUGCUGAACCGAGAUCCAAAGACGCAGGUGGCGCACCCCACGACCCAGAGCAAGAAGAUUGCUUUUGGCGGUCAAGCUGCGUGGUUCGAGUUGGAAUACACGACUACUACUAUUUAUACAUGCCUGGUCUUUGUGUGCUCAUUCAUUUUCUAG